AUGAAUGAAAAAUUAGAUCAACAAUAUUUCGACGUGAAGUUUGAUUUUCAUGAAAGCAAAUAUGAACCCAUAAAAAAUAUUGGUAAUGGUGCAUAUGGUGUAGUAUGUCUUGCACAUCAUCGUAAAAUCGGGACCAGCGUAGCCAUUAAAAAGAUAGCUGAUGUUUUCGAUCACUUUAUUAUCGGGAUGAGAACGUAUCGUGAAAUAAAAAUUCUUCGUCAUCUUGUUAACCAUGAAAAUAUUAUAACAAUUCGAGACGUUUUUCUUGAUUCAAAUAAUCAAAAACAUGUUUACAUUGUAUUUGAUUAUAUGGAUACUGAUUUAAAGCGGGUACUUGAAUCGAAUCAAACGUUAACGAAUGAUCAUAUUAAAUAUUUUUCUUAUCAAAUGUUAAAUGGUCUAGCUUUCAUUCAUCAAUCGGGAAUUAUUCAUCGCGAUCUCAAACCGUCAAAUAUUCUUCUUAAUCAAUCAUGUAAUCUCAAAAUAGCUGAUUUUGGCAUGGCUCGACAAUAUCGUGAUCAUGAUCAAACACAAUAUGUCGUAACACGUUGGUAUCGAGCACCGGAAGUUAUUCUUGGUUAUACGGAAUAUUCUCAGGCGAUUGAUUUAUGGUCGAUGGGUUGUAUUUUAGCUGAAAUGUUUGGACGAAAACCAAUAUUUUCUGGUACGAAUACUAUUGCACAAAUUCAAUUAAUUUUUAUAAUUCUUGGUACACCAUCAAAAGCUUAUUUAACUUCACUUCGUAGUGAUUGUUUUCGGCGAUUAAUUUUAAGUGUUGGUAAUCGUCAACCAGCUAAUUUUAAAGCUCUUUAUCCGAGUGCAACCGAUGAUGGCAUUGAUUUAUUGCGUCAGUUAUUAGUUAUCGAUCCUGAACAACGAAUACGUGCAACGGCAGCACUAAAACAUAAUUUUGUUAACGAAUUUCUAAUCAAAUUAGAUGACAAUGAUGAUUGUAUGAUAGACAAUGAUGUCGAAAAAUUUGAUUUUGGUUUUGAAAGUGAAAAAUGGACAUUAAAUCAAUUACAAAAUGCAAUUCGUGAAGAGAUCGACCAUUUUUCAUUUCGGCCAAUCAAGCAAAAUUACGAUGAAACUUCAACAGCGGACCAUGAUCAGUUUUUUCCUCAUAACCAACCGAUGGAAAAUCAUCAUCGAGUUGUAAUUGUUGAUUCAAAAUCACCAUCACCAACAACAUCAUCAUCGUCAUCAUCGACAGCAGUAGUCACAACAGCAACAUCAAAACUUGAAAUCGAUACCACACGUCCGCUUGAAAAGAAACGUAAGCAUCGACGACGAAAAAAUGGCCAUCAUCAUCAUCAUCAUCAUCAUCAUCAUCAUCAUCAUCAUAACCAUCAUCAUUCGAAACGUUCUUGCGCAAUGAUUUAUAACGAUGAACAAGAUGACAGCGGUGAUACAAAUGACGAAGAAGCUGUUCAACUUUCCUAA